GCUUUGAAAAGAUGUGUAUUGGGAGGGUGAUAAUCUGAUAUCACUGGCUAUUUUGUUCAGACAGCCAUGAGAUAUUUAAUGGUAAUUUGUCAACUUAUCAGUGUGUUAUCCUCAAGGAAAAUAACUUUGCCUCAGAAUGAAUUGCAAAAUGCUUUACAAGGUUGUGAAGAGACGGAUAACACUAUAAGAUGGGAUUUCAAGAUAUUGAAUAAAUGCUUCAUGGUCAUAGCAACCUAUUUGAAUCAGGAAGAAGCUGUUGCUUACUGCAGGGCACUUCACCAGGAGACAACUGUUGCAAGUUUAAAGCUGAAAGAGCAAAUAGGGAGGCAGCUGGAAAAGAUGGCACGGGGAAAGGGACCCCACAUGUACUGGUUGAGGGAGAAAAGAAUCGAAUCAAAGCAAGCUGAAAUUGACCAUAUGAGCAGUGAUAAGCCAUUGUCUAAUGAGAAAUGUUUGAUGAUCUCAAACUCUAAACGACAUCAGAGCAACUAUGACCAGUUCCAGGUGUACUCCGCGAAUUGUAUGGUCAAAGCACCCUUCAUCUGUGAGGCUACCACUCAGAAAGGUGUAGAUGUUAUGUGCGAUGACCCAAAGCACAUUGAGCAUGGUUCCUGGAACAUAUCUAGUCACAUGCCCGGAGCAACAUUAGAGUAUCACUGCAUGGAGGGUUACAUACUCACUGGAGGAAAUGAGAGCUACACCUGCAUGGAAGGUGGCUAUUGGAGUGGAGAGUUACCCUGGUGUGAGGAGGUUCGAUGUGGACCACCUCCUUACAUACCUAGCUCUAGAUGGUUAGGGGAGGAUGAUCUCUGGGGCAGUGUGCUUGUGUUCCAGUGUGUUCACUAUGAUGGUUCUCCCCUGAAUGAUACAUGGACAGUACAGUGUGGAUAUGAUGGUUGGCAGGGAGACAUCAAUGAAUCAAGAUGUACAGAUAAAAAUGCUGACAGUUAUUUUCUACCUUGGGGCAUAUUUGACAUCUACAGAUCUGCUAACAUGGACGAGAACAACAUCAAUGCUGAAGUGGCUGAUCCUCCUGGCCACAAACCUACCAGAUUCUACCCAUUUGAUGCAGAUGACAGAGCCUCUGCAAAGGGUAUUGGGAUCACUGCAACUGUUUUAAUGCUGACCUUCUUACUGUGCAUCUUUCUCCUGGAUCUGUCCACUCUGUUGAAAGAUUUCAAACUUUUGUUGAGAAAUCUCCGAUCAUUUUUUAAUAUAAUAGAGGAUGGAACUGUUUCACGUCGCUAUAGAAACAGGAUUUCGGAAUUGAAAUUGAAAGAUUCUGUUGCUAUGGUGGUUUUGUGUGAGACAGGCACAAAGUCUGGUGUUGUGCAUAAGGCUCAUAAAAGAGUCAAUAGACUGAAGAGUAAACAUGGCAAAAGAUUGAGGAAAAAGCACAUUAGAACUAAACUUUCCAUUAAUGAUACAAGGCGGAAUGAUGACAGUUGGAUGUAGACAGACAUUAGACAGUACAUAUAUAUACAAUACAUGCUGUCAUUAUACUUAAUUUCUCUAAAUCUCUGUCAUUUAUGCAAAAUAAGUACAUGAUGCUACACUUCAGGCAAUGAACAAUCUAUGUACACAAGAAAGCUUUCACCAUAAUUGUGCUACCCUGUAUAAAUGGAUAUGAAUUCCUUAAAAUACAUUUACCUUUUUUAAAGACCUUAUACACUGUUUCUCUUAUUUUGAUGGUAUCAUAUCCAGAUAGACUAGAGAUUUAGACUAGACUAGGAAGGUUAAGAAUUCUUUUAACCUAUCAAGAUGAUAUAAGUAAUAUGCAAUAUUGUAGUAAACAAUAUAUGUACACCUCUAUUCUCUCUAAUAUGCCCUUUCUACAGAUAGGCUUCCUGCAGUCUUUU